UGGUAUGAAGUAUAAUUUUGUAUAGGAUUCAAUGUUCAAUCUUGAUGUUCAAAGUUAUACCGUAGAAGGCUUAAGGUUCAACUGUACAUGCCGUUGCGGUGAACCCCGUUUCUAAAUUCUACAUUGUACAAGCCAACGGAAUCAAAGCACAGACCACGUUAGGCGACUACCAGCCUUACUCAAUCGUAAGGUUCUCACUGACCACUGACCAUUUGAUAUGUGCGCCUCGACGCGAUCCCGAAUAACCGACUUCUGACAAACUCUGCUCCAAACUCAAGUCUCGAAUAUCCAGCCGCCACAAUGCCUCCGCGAAUAAACAUUCCUCCUGUCACUCGCGUAGUGCUUGUGGUUCUGCUUCUGCAGUCCGUACUCAGCGCUGCCGUGCGCUAUCGCCAGUGGUCCGCACAUUCCGAAAUCGUCGUCGAAUGGCUCACCCUCAUACCACAGCUAUCGCUAUUUUAUCCUUGGACCUUCCUGUCGGCUACGCUGGUAGAGAAUAAUAUCUUUACGUUGGGGAUCGCAGGCCUCACUCUCUACCAUGGGGGGAAGUACUUGGAACGAGCUUGGUCGUCUAGGGAGUUCGCCAAGUUCCUUCUCGUGGCCGCUUUGAUUCCGAAUACGCUGACCUUCUUGGUUCUCGUCACACUGUUCACGAUUACUCGGAAUGAGGAUUGGACAUUGAUGACCAUUGCUGGCACGAUUCCGCUUCAAAUUUCUUUUCUCGUCGCUUUCAGCCAGCUUGUUCCGGCGCAUACCGUCACACUCUUCCGAGGUGUUUUGUCUAUGCGCGUACCCCGAUUCCCUCUUCUUUACGUCGGCCUCGUCGCGGUACUAUCCCUAACGCCAUUGCUCACGAGCGCGUCUCUACUUUUGGCUAUAUUUGGUCUCUUGGCAAGCUGGACUUACUUGCGAUUCUAUAAAACCGUCUUUCCGGAUCUCGAUUCUUCCCAGCCGACCUCUAUGCGCGGAGACGCUAGCGAGACGUUCGCCUUUGCCGAAUUUUUCCCUGGUCCCCUUAAACCAUUCAUUGCAGUAAUUACAGAUCAGAUAUUCAACGUGUUGGUGGCAAUGCGAAUAUGCACACCUUUCUCCCAGGCUGAUAUCUCUGCCGCGCAAAAUGGUAACUUUAUGCAGCGCACUGGCCACGGAGGUGUUAGAGCCGAAGCUGAGAGACGGAGAGCCCUAGCUUUGAAGGUGCUUGACCAACGGCUACAUGCCGCCACUGCAGGAACCAGUGGCACUUCGCGAAGCCAAUCCCAACCUCCUAAUCAACCUUCUGGCCCGACGAUACAAACCCAGCCACAAGCAAAUGCGCAGGCGGCGAUGACAUCACAACCGACUGCAGUAUUGGGAGAGACCAACUACAAUCCUGACCAAGACCAUGACAAAGGCGAUUCUUGAAGUGACUAGUUCUUGAUGGAGAUAUGGAGGAUGUCCCUAUAAUCUGGGCUCCGAAUCCUCUUAGCCCAGGUCAGAAUACGUGUGUAUUUCUACAACAGGAGCACUUGCGAGUUCGGAGUUGGGAUUAGAGCAUCAGGCAUCUGGAUCUUGGGUCUAGCGGGUGGAGCAUUCUUGAUCUAGCAACGCCGAAAUUUCGGCUGUGUUAGAUAUUCACGAAGCGGCCGGAUAGUUAUCAGUCCUGGGCUGACUGGUUGCGCAAAAGCCGUUGUCUAAAAGAUAGUGAUCAAGAUUACACGGUUAGUUUGUGUUGAGGGAUGGCGAACGGAACUUGGUGUUUGGCACUUUAUGUCAGUUCCUACAAUGCAUAUAAUAUUAGUACUGUUUAGCGGUUGGAUAAUAGGACAUGAGAUCAUACACCAUA